GAAAGUAGAAACACGGUCAGAAGCCAGCGCCGGUUUACGGUUUAUUCGCCCGGCGACCGACCACAGCGACGCGCCUCUCGCUCCUCGCUUUCUCCCCUCUCUGCGCCCCGCCCUCUUCUCCGGCGAGGGAAUCAGCCCAGCCCGCGUCAAGCACACGCGCCUAUCCGGGGAGGGGCCUCCGAUCCGUUCCGUUCCCCGUGCCCGCGGCGCCGAUGGAGAAGGUGAAGAACCUGCUGAAGCCGCGGCCGACGCCGCAGCAGCAGCUGCGCGAGUGGCAGCGCCGCCUCCGCAACGAGUGCCGCGUCCUCGACCGCCAGAUCCGAGAUGUGCAGAGGGAGGAGAAGAAUGUGGAGAAAGCUAUCAGGGAGGCUGCCAAGCGCAACGACAUGGGAUCCGCAAAGGCGCUCGCUAAGGAACUUGUAAGAUCAAGACGCGCUGUUAAUCGUCUUUAUGAAAACAAGGCUCAACUGAAUUCAGUAUCAAUGCACCUAGGAGAAAUUGUUGCAACUGCAAGAACAGUGGGCCAUCUGUCCAAGAGCGCUGAAGUGAUGAAAAUUGUUAAUAAUCUAAUGAAAGCUCCGGAGUUGGCUGCCACGAUGCAAGAAUUUAGCAAAGAAAUGACAAAGGCUGGUGUGAUGGAAGAGAUGGUGAAUGAUGCUGUUGAUUCAGCUUUGGACUCUGAGGACAUGGAGGAGGAAAUUGAGGAGGAGGUCGACAAGGUUCUUGCUUCGGUAGCAGGGGAGACUGCAUCCCAGCUACCAGAUGCUGCCAGGACACAGAAGAUACAGCAAGCUUCAACAAGCAAGGCUCCAGAAGAGCGACAAGCUGUUGCUGAGGGUGUUGAUGACGAUGAGGAAGACCUAGAGGAGAUCAGGGCCCGGCUUGCCAAAGUGAGGUCGUAAACCAUGCAUCCCUGUGGCGUCUAACUUGCAGAGUCCAUGGUCUACGAUACAUGACAUCCAAACCGUUGUAUGGUAAAUUGGGUUGAUGAGUGAUGAUGGUUGUUUCCCCCUCGCUUGACCCGGCAAGGUAUUGUUGUACAGUAAGCAAUGUGAUGUGGACAGUGACUUGUCGUCACUGUUGAUCUGCGAUUUAAGAUUUAGCACAGAAAAAAAAAACUGAAUAAUGGUUUGUCUACUC